UGGUGACUAGAUCCAUGAGCGCACGUAGGCGUCUGGGUCGGUCAUAUGCAGUAAGCGCAUCUUUAAGUCUGUCAGACAGCCCACUGUAGAAAGUGUCUAUUAAUGCCGGCUCGUUCCAUUCUGUGUUGGCGGCCGCUGUGUGAAAAUCAAUAAUGUAAUCCACCACUGUCCGGGUUCCUUGUGUUAACGUAAGCAGAGGAGGAGAUGCGGCAGAGGCGUGGCUGCGUGGAUCGAAAAUCCUCACCAACUCCAUCCCAAACCUCUGAAAAGUGGCACAGCAGUCAGAUCUGUUGGCCCAUUCUGCAGUUCCCCAUCGGCGUGCCUGACCCGUCAGCAGUGACAGCGUGUAUGCUACUUUGGAUCGCUCGGUAGGAAAGGCAGAGGGCUGGGAUUCGAACUGUAUCUCACAUUGGGUAAGGAACGAGCGUCCCUCUCCGCUUUCUCCUCCAUAGCGCUCCGGUGGUGGGAUCUUGGGUUCGUGGCAGACCGGUGGAGAGAGCGGAGCAGGGUUCGGUGCAGCUGCGGCAGCACCCUGGGUCCGAUCUUCGCUGGCCAGGCCAUGCACCCAGGUUUGUACGGCCCCUAUUGCAGUCUCACGGGCCGCCAGAGCCUGUUCGAUGCGGUCCUGCCAGGCUCGGUACUCGCUACUGGCUGGGUUCAUUUUAUGGCCAGAUUGUACUGUCAGGGAGAAAAACACACAGUCUUGGGGGAUCAGGCAGAAGAGUGGUACUUAAUAAGUCCAAGGUCGAAGUCUCCGGCAGGGCAGCAGGGAAGGCAAGGCAGAAUCACAGUGAUUGACCUUCUGGCAGCUCUAAACAUGUCCCACCCCAUAAGUGGUAUUACCAGACUGCAGGGUGCCAGCAGCGUGAUAUAUCGAAUACGUCCCAGAGCACCCUACCUGACUCUGCCUCCAGAAUACUCCCAUUUCCUGUAUUCCAACCUUCAGGGUAGCAUAGGGGUGCAUUUGGUGGGGUCGCAGUCAUCUAGCUCCAGUGCGACUCUCUUUUCUCUCUCUUUUGCAUCUUUUCCCAUUCUUCAAGUCAUCUCCUCCAGCCUCAAUAACACUCUGCAUUUGGACUACAAGGUUGGAGGAGGAGGAGCUCAGGGUCUUGCCAGCAUUAACUUCCCCAGAAGAAACCCCUUCUCCAGGGAGGAGUGGGUACAGCUGGCUGUUAGCCUGGAGCCUGAGAGACUCACAUUUUUUGUAGACUGUCAAGAAGCUGUUGUUGUCCCGAUUAAAAAUGAAGAAAGGAUGAACCUGAAAUUGCCUCAAGAUGUUGUCAUCACUCUCGCCAGCACACCGGAAAAGAAAGACAGCAAAUUUAGUGGACUCCUGAGGACAGCUGAGGUUUCAAUGAAAGCAUAUCUAAGGCGUCCAUGGCUUUGUGACAAUGUUACAGAUGCUCUGCCACUGUCUCAGAGCGCAGAUGCCCAGAGGCCAGAUUCUUGGACUGACAGCAAUAGAAUCUUCCAGCAGGAUGGUUCCCCCAGUAAACCUCAAAUUAACCAUUAUCCCCAGGAUAUCCAGAGUGACCAAGUGCAGAGAGGGGUCAUCCUAGGGCCUCCAGGAUCUCGUCAUGGGGUAAAGUCUGUUUCUCAGACCCAGAAAGAUGACAGGCUGAAGAAGAUAGAGAAAAGGCUGGAAGAGCUUGCUCGUAUUCUUGACACAGUCAAAGCUCAGAAUGUAGACCUACAGUCACGUGUAAAGUACUUGGAGGGAUGUGAGUGUGUGAAGCAGCGAUGUGUGUGGGAGGGACAUGAGGUGGACAAUGGCCAGCGCUGGCAGACUGACCGCAACACUGUGUGUACUUGCACAUCUGGAAAGGUUACAUGCCAAGCUAACAUAAAUGGCUGUGAGCUGGAUGGUAUCAUUCAUAAUGUGUCCUACAGCACGCUAGAUGGUUGUCAGACAUGUACUUGUAAGGGUGGUAACAGGGAGUGUUCUCCCCUGCCCUGCCCUCCACUGGACUGUACACAGAAGGAGUCUGUACCAGGAGACUGCUGCCCGCAAUGCAGACGCUGCAUCCACUCUGGUGUGCGAUACGAUCACAAAGCCAAGUGGAGACCAAUAGAGAAUCCUUGUGAUGUCUGCUACUGUUUGGAGGGUCAUGUUAGGUGUGAGAGGGAGCGGUGCCACACCCCUUGUAGCAACCCAUCUGCUCCACCACCCAACACCUGCUGUCCAGUUUGUCAAGAUUGUGGUGUCAAUGGUCAUGACUUCCCUAAUGGAGCUGUGAUUCCCACUGGAGACCGCUGUCAAGAGUGUACAUGUGUGAAUGGAAAUGUGGUGUGUUCAUCCCUUCCCUGUCCUGCCGUGUUUUGUCGAAACCCUGUGCAUCAUGCUGAAGACUGUUGUCCACGGUGUGAGCAGUGUGAAUAUGAGUCCAGAGUAUAUGCCAAUGGACAGAAGUUCCCCUCCAGAAGAGACCCCUGCCUCCGCUGUCACUGCUCUGCAGGUGAGGUGUCUUGUGAGCAUAUGGAUGUAUUGUGUCCCACCCCACACUGCAGUCAUCCUGCUAAGCGCAAAGGAGAAUGUUGUCCAACAUGUGAUGAAUGUGAGUAUGACACCAGGGUGUAUCCUGAUGGAGAAGUGUUCGUCCCUGCUGGGAGUGGACCCUGCCUGCAGUGCCGGUGUAAGGGUGGGAAUGUCAUUUGCCAUGAAGAGAAAUGUCCUCUAGUCCAGUGCUCCAGCCCUGUUGUAGAUCCACAUCUCUGCUGUCCAGUCUGCAAAGCAUGUGUGUUGGAGGGGGUGGAAUAUGAGGAAGGCUCCACUUGGGACCCUGACGGCCCCUGCUCCAGCUGCACCUGUGUGGCUGGCGAGGCCAUGUGCACACACACACACUGUCCCCCCAGUCAGUGCCUGCAUCCCACCAAGAUCACUGGUUCCUGUUGUGAAGUGUGUGAAAGCUGCACCUAUAAUCAUCGUAUCUAUAGCAACGGGCAGAAGUUUACGAGCCCUGAGAAGCCCUGUCUCAUCUGCAUUUGUCAGCAUGGCACUGUAGAGUGUGAGAGAAGACCUUGUCCUCCACUCAGCUGUACCAACUCAUACACACCACCUGGAGAAUGCUGCCCUAAAUGUCCAGACUGCUCCUUUGAAAACCAUGUAUUUGUGGAUGGAGAGGCUUUUCCCAGUCCUGUGAGUGUGUGUCAGGAAUGUACCUGUGUGAGCGGCAGGAUCGACUGCUACCAAGCACAGUGCCCUCAUCCUCGCUGUAAUGCUCCUCUACCUGGAACAUGCUGUCAGAACAACUGCAAUGGCUGCAGCUAUGCUGGGACAGAGGAUCCCAAUGGACAGGAGUUUCCUCAUCCCACUGAUACGUGCAGGACAUGCAGCUGCAUAAAUGGGAAUGUCCAGUGUCUGAUGAAGAGGUGCCCACCACUGCUCUGCUCCAACCCAAACAUGCCACCGGGAGACUGCUGCCCCCGGUGUCCCGCUCCUCCACUGGACUGUAUGUAUGAACAACGACCCUACAGACACACUGAGCGUUUCUACCAUCCAGCUGACAGCUGUCGAUCAUGUAUCUGUACCAAUGGUACAGUUCACUGCCAGCGCAAACCCUGCCCCUUUCCUCCAUGUACUCACCCCAUCAUGCAGGAGUGCUGCCAGACCUGCGAAGGCUGCUUCUAUGAGGGUCAGGACCGAGCUAAUGGAGAGAUGUGGGAUGACAUGUCAGACCCAUGUGCUGUGUGUGUCUGCCAUGAAGGCUCUGUCAGGUGUGAGAGGAAGCGCUGUCCACCCUCCAACUGUGACCACCCAGUCCAGAGACGGUGCUGCAUGUCCUGUGAUGGUUGCAUGUUUCAGGGUAAAGAAUAUCCCGACGGAACCGAGUUUGCUGAUGACAAAGACCCCUGUGUUGUGUGUUACUGUUAUGGAGGGGAUGUCAUCUGCACCAAAAUACCUUGCUAUGGAGAUUGUAGCCACCCUUACAAACCAACCGGACAAUGCUGUGGGGAAUGUGAUCGCUGUUUCUAUAACAGUGCAGUCCUCAUCAGUGGACAGACUAUUCCUGACCCAGGCAACCACUGCUCUGAAUGUACCUGCCAGACCGGUUCAGUGCAAUGUGUAAAGAAGUCAUGUCUUGCAGCCCUGUGUCCUCAUCCAGUCACCAACCCAUGUGGCUGCCCUGUCUGUGAUGGUUGUCAAUUCCAAGGUGUGACUUAUGUUGAUGGACAGAUUUUUCCAGGAGGAGAGAAAGGAUGCCAGGACUGCACAUGCUCAAGAGGUGAAGUGGUGUGCGCUCAACGAAGAUGCCCUGCCAUGUCAUGCCCGCACCCCGCUCUAGACGGCUGUGCAUGUGGGGUGUGUGACGGAUGCUACUUUAAUGGAAGAGACUGUUUUAAUGGAGAACAAUUCCAACAUCCAGCAGAUCACUGUCAGCAUUGCUCCUGUCUGAAUGGUGGUGUGGUGUGUGCACGUGUAUCUUGUCCAAGCCUUGCCUGUUUGCGUCCAGUGACCCCUGCAGGGUAUGAGACCGGCUCUACCUUCACUUCACCCUCUGAUCCCUGCUCCUUGUGCUCCUGCCUGAAUGAAGUAGUGAACUGUCAUAAAAGACUUUGCCCUGUCCAGUGCUACCAUCCGGUCCCUUCAGAAACCUGCUGCCCUGUCUGUGACUCCUGUCUCUAUGAGGGAGUAGUGCACUCUCACAGUCGCACCUUCACUUCCUCCUCUAACCCCUGCCAGCGCUGCACGUGUGUCAGAGGCACUGUCACCUGUGUGCCACUUGUCUGCCCCCCAACACUAUGUGCCCACCCUGUUACCAAGCCAGGACAGUGCUGUCCUGAGUGCACAGUGUGCAUGCUGGAUGGACAGGAAUUUAAAGAUGGACAGACAUGGACCCUGAGUUCAAACCACUGCUCAGCCUGCACCUGUCAGGCAGGGGAGGUGCAGUGUACAUCUUCUCACUGUCCCAAGCUGCCAUGUAGGCAACAGGUGACUGAUCCAGGAGCCUGCUGUCCUCACUGUAGAGGCUGUGUGUAUCAAGGAGAGGAGCAUACAGAGGGCAGCAGCUGGUUCGCAGAUUCCACUCCUUGUAUGACCUGUAUGUGUGUGGAUGGGGUGACCACCUGCUCUGAAGUACACUGUCUGUCUCCUUGUAUCAACUUCAUCAGUGUGCCCGGGGAGUGCUGCCCUGUGUGUGCUGACUGUGUAUUUGAGAGCAGAGUGUAUGGCCCAGGGGACAGUUUCAAUCCAGGCAAUGACCCUUGUCAGAUCUGCACUUGUGAGGUGAUGCCAGAUGGAGAACAACACCUGAGAUGUUACCGAAAGCAGUGUCCUAGUCUGGUUGACUGUCCUAAAAGUAACAUCUUGUUCUCUGGACCAGACUCCUGCUGUCCUGUCUGUGCACAGCCUCUCAGUAACUGCACUGCUGCACUGAUUGGCAACGAGGUGCUGGCCACAGAUGACCCCUGUUUUACCUGCCACUGCAAGGACCUGACAUGGACCUGCUUACACCAGAUGUGCCUCCCACUUACUUGCCCUCUUAAUGAACAGUUUGUCCCACCAGACUCAUGCUGCGCUGUGUGUAAAGAUUGCGUGAUUGAGGGUCAGAACAGAAGAGUGACCAAUGGCAGCAUCUGGACAGACGGCGACGACGACUGCGUCACAUGUACCUGUAAUAUGGGCUACAUUGAGUGCAGCAUUGAAGAGUGUGUACCUGCGCUUUGUUUGGAUGGCCAGAAACAAGUGAAGAUUCCAGGCAAAUGCUGUUACGAAUGCCAAGACUCAGCAGUGUCCUGUUUGCACCAGGGAACAGUAUAUCACUGUAAUGAACAGUGGGAGGUGGAUGAAUGCACCAGCUGUACGUGUGUGUCAGGAGAUGUACACUGUCACAGUGAACGCUGCCCUCCCCUCAUCUGUGCUACAGAUGAGAUGCCAGCAGUUGUCCCAGGGUUGUGUUGUCCUCGCUGCCUUCCUCGUCCAGCCACCUGCGUUGCUUUUGGUGACCCUCAUUACCGCACCUUCGAUGGCCGCAUGCUGCAUUUCCAAGGAGCGUGCACAUACGUCCUGGCACAGGACUGUGAUGGUGGAGACUUCAGUAUUCAUGCAACUAAUGAGAAUCGUGGACGUAAGGGAGUGUCCUGGACUAAAGAGGUUACUGUGUUUUUAGGAGACGUCACAGUGCAACUACUCCAGGACUGGGUUGUGAAGGUCAAUGAUGAAGUUGUGGCUUUGCCAUUUCUCAAAGAAUCGUACAUCUAUAUAGAACGUCAAACCAACACCAUCUUACUCAACACAAACAUCGGCCUGAAGGUGCUGUGGAGUGGUCGUUCCCACCUGGAAGUGAGUGUGCCAGGCUCAUAUAAGGGUCACACCUGUGGUCUCUGCGGAGAUUUCAACAACUAUCACCAAGAUGACCUCCGAAUGCCCAGCGGACAACUUAGCCUAUCUGAGUCUGAUUUUGGCAACAGCUGGAAGGUCACAAAUAGCAGUCAUUCCCUUUCAUCCUGCCAACCUGGUGAGGAUGUCAACCCAUGUAAAGAUGCAGGCUACCAAGCCAAGAAGGUGGCUAAUGCUCGCUGUAAGAUUCUGAAGUCUGCUGUCUUUAAGCCCUGCCAUCGUGUGGUACCUCCUGAGCCAUGGUACGGAGCCUGUGUGUAUGAUCUCUGUGCCUGUGGGGCCAAUAAUGAUGAGUGUCUGUGUGACACGCUGGAGGCCUAUGCCGGUCAGUGCAGAGAGGCCGGAGUCAUCCUGCAGUGGAGGAGCCCAUCACUGUGUGCUGUGGGCUGUCCAGCAGAGAGGGGCUUUGUGUUUGACGAGUGUGGUCCCCCUUGUCCCGUUACCUGCUUUAACACUGAUGUUCCACUGGGGGUGAUAGAGAGUCACUGCUUCAAGCCCUGUGUCCCAGGCUGCCAGUGUCCUGCUGGCCUGGUUUUACACAACAACUACUGCAUACAGUCAGAAAAGUGCCCCAAGAUCAUUCACAGCAACUCAUAAUGUGUGAACUGCUCAUGUUUGAUUGGACAGUUAAUUUGUAUGCAUACAUGUGCCUUGCCACCUCUAGUCCUCUGCUAUCCCAUCCAAGGACUGCACCAGCCUUCUGUCACAGUACACUAUAUGGAAUAUGUUUGACAUGGAAAGAUAUGCAUACCUCUUAACCUGUGGAUCCUACAUAUUUAGCAAAGUGAAAUGCAGCAUAUUUUAGUGUUGAUAUAAACAGCUUGUAUAAAACUGCCCGGCCAAAUUAGAAGGUGUAGUCCAGUACAACACCACCUUUAACUAUGACCGCAGUAAUAAACAUAUAAUGUGAACUGAUACA